AAAUGAAUUUUUCCUUCUGUAAAAGCUCUUUUAUAGUGACCAAUGACCCAGUACUUUUGCCCCUCUAUUUUUGUCUGUGCCUAGACCUCUUCUAAUAAACCCUCUGCACACUAGUUGGAACCGCUGUGUUUCAGGUUUUUUUGGUGGCCAUUUGGAGUGGAGGGCUGAAUGAGAGCUAGUUGUCAUAUUUGCAGAGGUUUCAAUAAGAGGGAGCUAACUCAUGAUGGUGAUCUUAGUUACUCAUUUUGAACCAUGUUCAUGGACAAAAAAUUAGGUUGGAAACAGUUAACGAAAAUUAAUGAUAUGUUUAUUUUCAGGCAUUGCAGAGACUAGUAAGUCAGUUCCAGAAGAGAGACUGGCAGCGUGGCUGGACUGUCACAAACAACUCCAGGAGCAUAUUUGCAGUCUGGAAGAGCAUGAUGGAUGGUACCACCUCCUUGAGCCAGGCCAGGGUUGCUGCCUCAGACAACUAUCGUACUGUGAGCAUAGAGGCAACUAAAACAGCUCGGCUGUCAAAAGAGCACUUGUUCAAAAAGGGCAUGGAGCAGUUACUGAACAUACAAGUUGAGCUGCAAGAGACAGUGAAGGAAGUGAGCAAAACCAAGAAGCAUUACACACAGAUCCAGCGGGCCAAUGAAGUAGCCAGGGAAAAGGCUGCUGAUGUGGAUGCCAGGCUCAGGAAGAGCGAUCACGGCAUAUUUCAUACCAAAACCAGCUUGCAAAAGCUCAGUGCCAAGUUCUCUGUGCAGCUGGCAGAGAAUUCACAGCAGUUGGUGAUGGCACGAAAUGAGUACCUCUUGACUCUGGCAGCUGCUAGUGCCCAUCUGGGACACUACUACCACGAAGAGCUGCCAAUUGUUUUGAAGAUGCUAGAUGGGGACCUUUAUGAACGGCUCAGAGACCAGCUCACCCUGAUUAACAAAACUGAAUUAGAAGUCUGCCAAGGCACGCAAGAAUUUUUUCAGGUUCUUCUGGAUGAGUCUGCACAGGUCUGCCGGGAGGAGAAUCUUCACCUCUUCCUGCAGGAAAAUAAUACUGCUUUCGCACCAAUGGUCAUACCAUCUUUCCAGCCAGCAGGAGCUGACCAGGUGACAUCACUCCUGGAUACAGGUGGCAGUAAUGCUGUGGAUAUUGGGCUGGAGAAGGAAGCACGCCGCUGGGCUGCUCGUGCAGCCAGAGAUUAUAAGAUCCAAACUGUCAGUGAGGAGGUUCUACAGAGAAUGGAAACCAGGAGGCAACAGGUUCCUGAGGUAGAGAUGCCCAGUAUGGAAAAAAGGAUGGAAGAAAUAAGAGAGAACAUACGUAAGGCAGAGAUCAGCAAAGUGAAAUCUGAGGCACGGUUAAUGCUGCUGCGAGAGGCAGGCCUGGAUGUAGACACUUGGCUGGCAAGUGCCAUGGGGCAAGUGCUGGAUGAAAUGGAGCAAGAGCGGCGGCUCAGUGAAGCUCGCAGGUCUGAGCAGGGCUCAACGCCUACGGCAGAAGAUUUUGAUCUUGCUGAGUUUGAAGAUUAUGAUGACAGCACAGACCUGUUUGAGGACACAAGGCCAAGCCCCAGCAUGGCUCGAGUCUACCCUUCUUCCUGUAGAGUGUUCUUCCCCUACCAGGCCUGCCAAUCUGAUGAGCUGACCAUUGUCCAGGGUGAGGAGUUAGAGGUCAUUGAAGAUGGUGAUGUGGAGGAAUGGGUCAAGGCACGUAACAGUGCAGGACAGGUUGGGUAUGUCCCUGAGAAGUACCUCCUCUUUCUGGAUUCAGUAAGCAGGGAUCGACCAAUCCCAGAUGGGAACAGCCAGGAAGGGUCCUCUGAUGUGGCCUUGGAGAGGGAACUGACGGAUAUCAUGAGCAUGGACCUGAUGUUGGAGCCUGGAGCUUCACUGGUGCGAGCACUCUACGACUAUGAGGGACAGAGCUCAGAGGAACUCAGCUUUCCUGAGGGAGCCAUAAUCCGGGUGCUGCCCAGGGAAGAGGGAGCUGUGGAUGAUGGCUUCUGGAAAGGAGACUUCAAUGGGAGAGUUGGGGUCUUCCCAUCACUGGUGGUGCAAGAAAUAACUGGCAUUCAGGAGGGCACUGAGCAGGAAUUACCUUCACCAUCCCCCCAGCCUUCUCCCCUCCAGUCUUUGAUCAUGGCAUAGUCUCUUCUCCGAUAUUCAACCAGGAGGUGGCUGGCAUGGAAACAUGGCAAGUGGGUGCAGUUCACCUGACCUGAACGUACCACGCAUUCGCCCAGUUCGAGCUCCCCCACCUCCACCAUCUAAGGCUUCAGAAGCUGAUCUAAUGUCUGGCCUUGAUUAACCCUACACAUCUCAGGGAAUAGGAUUCCUACAAAGAUUUACAUCCACUGAAGACUGGUGGUGACCCUAGGCAAAGCUGUUUCUGCUUCAACCUGUCGGGUGUUAGUAGUUGCUUUGGAGCUUGUGCCCACAUUCUCAAGCACCACUAUGUAGGCAAUGCUGGGAGGAGCACUGCCACUGCUAUGAUGAGCUUCUCUACCUCAGACCAGGAGAAUAUGCCCAGAGUAAUUAUUCCAGAAGAGUUUGCCAAGGAUAUGGACACAUGUAUAUCCAUCUGUAUACUGGGCUUCAGCCCUGCAGCCUAACACCUUGAGAUGUCAGGCUCCCCCUGUCAUGGAUGUUCCUUGGACCGUGACAUGAGGCUAUGCAAGCAUCUUUCCUUUCUCUGGAUCAGGACAUGAGCUGGUCUCUCCCUUUGCUUUAAAUGCUGCAAGUUAGCAUUUGUUUGCACUUUUAUCUGUCAACUCUUUUUGUCCUUCCAAAAUGGCAAGACAGGAACUACUGUUGUCCUAAACUGCCUCUGGUUCUUUUACUGCCCUCUGCAGUGGGCUGGCUCCUGUGCUGCAUCCCUGGUAGGAUGGGUGGGUGUAGACCCAAUAAACAAACACAAUUCUGCACAUUU